AUGAGUAAAUUUCCAUCAUCAGAGGGCUAUCCCUUAAAGGGAAAGAGCUCUGGUCCUCCCGAUGUGUAUCCUCAAAAACCUGAUCAGCUUGAAGAUGCUUUGACGGAACAAUUGGUCAAAGAUGGAUUUAAAUAUCACAGACCUGUUGCUGAUGAAUAUAAAUCAGGAAGGGGCAACAGCGCGCCUCAGGAUUUGGAUACCGCUUGGGACUUAUACUAUAACAUUCUUCUCCUCAAGGCCCAAACGGCUCCUCCCUAUGAACCGGAUAACCCACAAAUCCAGGUUAAAAGUUUCUCAGGAAUGGAUAAAGAUUGGGACCAGCUUAAAGACUGGCUUUCAGACCUUUCAGGCGCCAAUUGCAACAGAAGAAGCACCGUUUUCCACGCUAGUAAAGAAAGGAUUCUGGCUGAAUUAGUUUCCUGCCGCUUCCCUCUUUCGCACUCCCUGCGUCUGAUUAACAAACUCAUCAUUCACACUACCGCACCGCUAGAAAAUUUAAAGAAGAAACAAAAGCUUGAUCCAACAAUGGAAUGGACUGAGGAACUUCUACGAAUGCUCAAUGAGCUCUUUUCUGGUGAUCUCUCAACUACUCCUCCCAACAGAUACGACAGUAUGUGUGCCGAAUGGGAUUACCUUUUUAAUCUCCUAACAAUUCUUUACGAUAACGAUUUAGUCGAGCAUUGGGACGUGCUCAAAUCGCUUGCAACAAAACUUGACCACCUGUACAAUAACUCUCUAAGGCUCGCGUCGCAAGACUGUUCAUCCUUCUGCUCGCACCACGAGAGACCACAAGCAGCGAAGUGUGAUCCCUUUCGCAUCCUUAAGUUCGUUCUCCCCUACUUCCAACGUUUCUGCCUCAGAUUCACCGAAAGUGAGCUUCUGGCUCGUCGUAUUCUCUACUGGGCCUGCUCUGCCUUCUCUGAAUUUCUUCGUGCCUGCGCUCUGCGAUCAAACUCGGCUGUAGUGACCUUCACAAAACCGGAGGACUACAUCGAUUUCUUCGUUUGUUCACAUCAUCGUUCCCUUCUGCUCUCUACCUCCAGCAUAAUUAUUGCACUAACACUGCACUGUCCCUCAGCAGCAGUGUGGAAUAAAAUCACUUCUGAGACUAGUUAUACUUAUCUGACCGGGUCGCCGCUUGACCUUCUCCCCUGCCCUCUUUCCUGUCUUCCUAUUUACCCUGGACCGGAGGCUUCUAACCUUCGAAAGUGUCUGGUGGAAACCGAGACCGUCCUUCUGGAACGCGGCAGAUUAGCUGAGAGUGGAUGGUACUUGUUUCCUUCGCGAACAAUCACUUCCGAUGAAUGUACAGAUGAAACAAAAACGGAAAUGUUUGUUCGUGUUUUGGACGAAUUGGACUCGCAUGAUUUCAACCAGAGCGUGGAAACACAUCCAAUCGACAGUCUUUUUAAGAAACUUUUCCACUCUGAACACCUCGAGUCACCACGGUCCAUCACGGCGUUAGUCACUUUCCUCUGCAAAUGGGCUGUCUCACCCACACGCACCGGCAUUCAUCGUUCCAUCAUUCUUGCCUGCCUCCUUGACUACCUCCACUCCAAACUGCCAAAUUUCAAUUUCCAGACCUGCCUUCUUGCAUUCCUUGACAUCCAUGCCCCUCCCAGCCCAAUUGUCGACGGGCCCGGUUUUCGUUCACUCGUCUGUCUCUUUGCCGAACUCAUUGACCGAGGUCUCUUCAACCACGAUGCUUUUGUGCGAACCUACAUCGCGCGAGGUGUCUUCGAUAGCUCACUUCAUCCCCUUGCUAACGCCGAUUCGGUUCCUCCCUCUCUCACCUCUUCAUCCGCCCUUCCUCCACCUACCACCGCAGCCGGCCUCCAUCCUUCCUCCCUGAAUAAUAACUUUUCAGUGCAAUCGGAGAUCUCCGAGGACAACGAUCGCACCAGUAUGGACAACCCUGACUCCGUACGCUCCGAUCUCGGCAACGGUCUGCCUCAGCGACACUCCUGUGAUCUCAACCGCCACCUCCAGUAUCUCAUUCACUUCCCCUUACCCCAAGACGACUCCUACGCACACGAGCAAAAUCAACGUGCCCAGCUUCUCUAUGGGAGCAGUGCUAGAGCCCAUUCGAGAGCGCGAGAGACUCCACGGAAGGUGUCUCGAGACAUUGUUAAGCUCUUUACGAGGAGUGCGCACCGUCUCGACGUAGUACAUGGAGAGUUAGGCAAGAGGAAAAAGAAUAAAGAGCGGGGAGUGGAUGUCAGUGGCACACCGAAUGGCACUCAACGUGGCAGCAGUGGUACCAAAGAAACGCGGUCAUUGGAAGAACUACUUGAAGCGAUAGCAACGCGGUUUCGUUGUCUCAAUUAUUACGACAUGGAGUAUGUCAUCUCCAAGAGUAUACCUGCAUACCUGCGGUCGUUGUCUGGCACCAUCUCCCCUAACACUACUACCACGAGUGGUGGUGACUCUCUUGUUGCCGACUCCAGUGGAAUCGUCGCAUCGUCACCAUCUGCUCCCAAUUCGAGUCGAGAUCACAUCUACUAUCCGGCUCAUAACAGCCUCUUUCUCUUCCUGGAGUUGAUUGAAACCUCGCUUAACAUCCUCAGUCUCUUGGAUACGGUUGUGGAGACGCUGGAACGCCUUCAGGCCUCUUCUCUCUCCGCUCCCUAUCCCUGCAUGAGCUCAUAUCUCUCCCUUAUCUGGCUACAUGCUAUUGGCAUCCUUCGUACACAUCAGGCGGUUCUGAUGACUCAGCCUAACCUACAGCAGCGAAUCCUCACCUGUCUGAUCGAACAACUUCGUCGGGGCACGCAGGAGAAGCUGCAGAGCAAGUGGUGCAUUUUGGAGUACCUAAGGAGUCUUUACCUCUCCAGUGCCUAUGUAAAACGGCUCUGUACUCCUUCCGUAUCCCUAUCCACCUUUGAGUCGCUUCAACAUCAGCUUGCGCUAAAUUCACAGACCUCGGAAAUUUUACGAAGACUGCGCACAUGUGCAGAGGACCGUAAGACUCUUGUUGACGAAACGCUUAAAGGGGUGCUUCAAUGCCGUGAUCCGGAUCGCCUUGUAGCCCUCUCUGACCGCUUCGUUGAUUACACUGUCCAGUGCCCCGAACUUGCUCUAGAGUGGCUACCAUCCAUGGCUGCUCUCGUCAAUCCUUCUCUUCGUGGUGGCGGUGUUGGAAUCUCGUCUUCUGUUACCUCUCCAGGCGUCCAGAAUUUCAAUUCCGAGAUGAGUAGUCAGUUGGAUGAUCCAGUGGAAUGGGAUAACCUUGCUUCGUUGAUCGGAACCCUCCUGGCACAUCACUGCAUCGACACGGAAAAACUCUUUGAUAAACUUAUCAAUCCCUCCCUCGCCUUUGGUCUCGAUCAGAGCUCCGCACCCAUAGAUUCACGCUCCGAGCCUACCGUCCGUCUGGCCUGUCACAUCCUUCAUCGAUUUUUCACAGUGGAGACGGUCACUCAGGAUGCACAGCCUUUUUCCUUCCGAGUAUCCGAACCCUCUCUUCUCUCCAGUGCGCUUCGUCGUGUGAAUUAUGCACUUUUUAUUGACACUCUAAAGAUGCUCAUGAUCCACAGUAACAAGGGAAAACCACUGGAGUUGAUAGAUGAGGCUGGGGAAGAUGGCAGUGCUGCUGGUUCGGACGAUAACUCCUCGGACAAUGAUAGGGACUCGGAACGCGAGACAGAUGACGGUCCCGCAGACAGCUCUCUUGACCCCACCGACGGGUUUGAUUUGACGGAUGGUCCACCGGUCUCAAAAAACAAGCGCAAACGGCGUCGAGUGCACUUAGCACCGUCAAAAAAUAAGCGUAAGCGUGGAGUGAAUGCACGACGUAGCACUUCUGGUGGGAGCUUACUGAAUAUGCGACGCAAGAAUCGUCUCGCUAGUUGCAUCCACCAAAGUACCUGCGCCUUCCUCUCCACUGGUCAGCCUCCUAGCGAUGCUGAUUUGAGGGAGAUGUCUCUCCGCGACUUUGCACAUCUCGUGCUCCGUGAGAUUUGUGUUACACCAUGGGUGCGAGAGUACUUCUACCUUAUAUCGACACGCCUACUGCAAAAAAACGUCUUAAUUGAUAAGAUGAUUUCGAGUAACCAGACCCGCUUUCUCCUACACAUCAUCUACCAUCCGCAUGAUGUGAAGUGGAUUGAUUUGGCCGCCACUUCGGACAACGUGGCUGAAGCGAUGCUCUCGCUCAUCUCUAGCGUCAACGUUUGGUCGUUGCAUGCCACUCUGAUGGAACUGCACCUCCUCUGCCACCAAAUCUCUGUCACUUCUUCCAAGGAGGUCUUGGACCAGGUUGCCAAUCGGAUUGUUACCAGUUUUAAUGAGCAGGCGAUAGCCUAUUUAAAAUCCACUCCAAUGGGCGCAUUUUCAGCCUCCACUUAUGGUGAGCAGUUGCCUGAAGCUCUGCCGGAUAUUGAGAUUCCUGAAAACGACAAUAGUUGGCUUCUUCCCUCCCUCAUCGCCAAGUUACCACCUGAACUCAAAACGCAAAUUGUCACCAAGACUUGUGAUAUACUCAAUGGGAUCAAACUAUUUUGGCGGCACAAGAACGACGAAGAUCAGGAGCGUAUUGUAAUGCAGCACUCCAUCCUCCUGGCCCAUCCCGUCUUCUCCUCUAUCCUCCACGUCUGCAUGGAGACCGUGGACCCGCUAGAGCGUCUCUACGAGCAACUGGAGUACUUUGUUUCGGGCGUCAAGGAGACGCGUGAUCGGAUGCCCGAGAACCUACGUACACGGCACAUCCUCCAGGAGUGUCUGGCACUCCGUCUUUCUCUUCUAGGCAUCUGUCUCUCCUCUAUGAACCUCACCACAGAUCGUUUGAUCAGCGGGGCCCUGAUUCUGGCUCAGCUCAUUGGAUUCGGGGUCACGGAACCCCAUUCCAACCAGACCCUCUUCUUCACCUGUCUUGACAUGCUUCAUAGUUUGGUGCACAAUUUGGCAGCUCAGGUGGGUCCUGACAAUCCCCAGUACCAGAAUCUGGCCAAGAAGGUGCGAAAAAAACUGGCUGAGCGCCAUUUUACUGUGGGGAUAGAGUACAUCCGGCCACUUCUCUUCAUUGGUCGCACCGGCUAUCCCUUUGUGGCUGUGACACCCCUUGAUGGCACUGCAGGGUCGGGUAAUCGUGGCGAUGGCGGAGGUGGAGCAGGCAAACUUGGUGGGUCUUCGAAAUUUGCCUCUGUCAAGUCGAGUGGAAAGUCAGGUGGAGCAAACGCGUCCAGGUACAGUGGAGGUGGGGGAGGUGGCGGCGGAGGUGGAUCCGCUUCAGCUACCACCAAUUCUGGAAAUAAUAAUGGGAAUCCAUCCUCAGGAGGUGGUGGUGUAAAAACCUUUACUCGCAAACGGGGUUAUGCUUUUGUGAGUCGUGAUCGCUUUGCACCAUGGGAGAUCUACGAUGUCAAUCGACGACCCGCCUUUCUUGCCAUGUGUGGGGCUGUUCAAGUACCCGCGACACAGUCGCAAAAUGAGGAACAGGCCAACAUUCUGCUAAGUCACGAGCACCCAAUCACUCACCGAAGGUCCGAGGAAUUCUACAUCCAGUCUCUCUUCCACGAAGCGGAACCGUCGGCCUCUUCCACAUCCGCAACAGCCGUAUCCUCUCCUUCCUCCUCGAUCGACUCCUCAUCAAAGCAAUUCAUUCUCGGGUCAGUCCCGUCGGUGAAGCGCCAUCCAGGCGUCGAGGGCAUGCCUCGACGUAUAGCCCAACAAACUCAACGUCUGUCGAAGCCUGAAGACAUAAUCUACCGCCAACAGCAGCAACAACAAGCGCCACCACUGUCAAUGCCUCCAGCACAAAUGCGUAUGCAAGCACCGUCCCAACAGCCGACAAAACGCAAGCGAAGUCGAGCAGCAGCGCAACAACCAGAGGAGAUGUUGUUGCCUCCUCCUCCGCCACCACAGAUGUACCACCAAGGCAUGUACCCACCUCCGCAGACGUCUUCAGCGAUGGCUGCAGCUCAGGCGGCUGAAUCAAUGGCUGCAGCUACUACUACGACGGCACCUACAACAGUGACAGGAAAGAGGAAGCGCAUGGGUGGAAUGGUGGGUGGUGGCGGUGGUACGGCGGCUGCAGCGGCGGUUACAGCAGCGCCGGCCCCAUCGAUGCGACGAGGUGUGGCACCGCCUCCAAGGAGCUACGAUAACGGUGCAGUUCCUAUGCCAUCGCAGCAGCAGACCUGGGGUGGGGGCAGGGCACCCUCUGCUGCCGGUGGUAGUGGUCGGGUGCCCAAUCAGCGCCAAAAUUUGUCAGAGUUUGUACAGAAUCAAACCAAAGCUCAGCACAAGGCAGCUCAACAGCAGCAAAUGGCUGCUGCGUUCGCAGCUGGAGUUAUGCCCAUGGAGGAGCAGUUUUCGCAGCAGCAACAGCAACAAGAUCCCAGGCAAGUUUAUUUAUCCACGGUUAGCAGGAAGCGGGCUCCCAUCGUUACCGCCAAUCCGGCGAUCGAGUUAUUUAGCAAGACGCAAUUAGCCGAUGCCAUUCUGGAAGUCACUGUUGUUGGCGGACAAAAGGGUUGGGAGACUGGGAAUGCAGAAGAUGUGGACGUAGCUUCAGCUGAAAGUUUGGUAGCCAAAUCGCGUGGAUUCAGAGGAGGAGGCGGCGGCGGCGAUCCAAACUACGGUUUCGCCGAGAUGAUGCCACCUCAAUCCUGCGCUAGUGGACCUUUUGUUCCCGACUUUGCCGCCAUGGAUUCCCAGCUGCGACAUCACCGUCAGCAGCAGCAUCAGCAGCGGUACAUAGGGGGUGGCGGGGCCGGGAGCAGCAACCAAUCACAGCAGGUUGUACCUGAUCCCCCACCCUACCCUGGUCGUUCCCAACCAACCAAAGCCCUUCCACCCCAGCCACCUCCAUCACAGAUGAUGAUGCAGAUGAUGGGCCCGUCGACAUCCGCUCCUGCUCUAUCCAUGCCGACCCCAGCGGUAAUGGGAGGGGCGAUGACACAGGCUCAGCAUCGAGCCUAUAUGAUGUCCUCCGCGCAGUCCUCCAACUCUGUGUUUAUGGGCGAAGCGCCUCGUGCUGCUCCGGCCCCGCCUCCACCCCAUUUCUCCCGUCUCUAUGACACCACUGGUGGUGGAGGUGGUGACUACCGCUGA